GAAACUCCAAACUAUCUCUAUCUCUGCGUCUUAGAAUGCGAUUACAGUUGCCCCUUUCAAUUUGACUUUACCUUAGCUACCGGCAACACUUCCGACAUAGAAUCUCUCACCCGACAUGAUUUGGUGUGGAUAUGUCCUUGUAUCGCAACAGAAGAGUGUGGGCAAGUAGGCCUCAACUAUCACCAAAGUCGUCUCCGCCACUCAAGCCAGAAACUCCUAACAAUGAUCCAAAUCGCCAUAGUCAAAAACCAAGAUCUGCUAUGCGAAAUUCUUCGCAAUUGUGACACCGGAGUAGAGACACUUGGUCUGGCUAGCUGGUAUUCACGGGCCCUAGACACACUUGUGUGGGAGAAUAGAACUGGGAAGAUUCUUGAUAUCUACUGGGAGUUCAGUUUUGAUGCAUUGGAUGAUGUGGCUGAGAGGUUUACACGUGCCAGUAUCGUGCAAGGAAAGAUCUUGGAGAGACUUGGAAAUGAGUUUGCAGAUGAUGUGCAAAUCCCGGUGUUUGAUAUGGCGAGAUAUUCAGAGCUGUUUGGACUUUGAUUGGGUGCUUGAGAGUGUGGUAUUACCGAUGCGUUUGUUGGAAGAUAUUAGUCAUUAAGGUACGAAGUUUAUAUUAGAGUAUCUAGAAUUCGAUGAUGUCUGCGGUGGGA